AGGGAACAGAGAAGAAAGAGACUUCUCAUUUCCCUCAUACCUUUUGCCAUCCCUAUUUUUCUCUCUCUAAUUCUUUACAACUGCUUUUCUCUUCUCACCAAGAACAAAAAUUCAUUAAGUUAAGAAGAAGAAAAAAAAAACUUUUUGAAAUAAAUAACAUUAUACCCCUCCUUUUUCCCAUAAAAUUCAUCAAGAUUAUCUCAAAAUCAUUCACCAAUUCUCUCUUCUUAUGGAGCUUUUCCCUUCACAACCUGACUUGUACUUGAAGAUCAGCCGAAGAAGAGAAGAAGAACAAGAAAAAGAAAGUCAAGAACUACAAGAACAAGAAGUCGAAAGGAGAUUAGGGUUUCAGAGUAAAGCCUCAGAUUUAGACAACAAGUCUUCAAAUAAUCUCAUCCACACUCUCCAGUUCACUUCAAACAAUGAAGCCACCAAGAUUAAUAGUAAUCAAGAACACAAGGAAUCUCUCGAUCAAGACUUGAGAUCUAUUUUUAUGAUGAGACCAAUAAGAGGAAUCCCUCUUUACCAGAAUCAAGUCCUUGACCACUACUACUACUCAUCUACCUCUCCCAAUCCUUUCUUCUUCAGUGAAGUCAACGGUCAACAUGCUAGUCGUCGCUUAAUCACAAACCCUAAUUGUAGUUUUAAUCUCCACAACCGUCAUCGGCGUCAAGCUCAACCGCAGCCGCCAAGAUUCACCGCCAAAAGAGGAGUAAGGGCUCCAAGGAUGCGGUGGACGACGACCCUCCACGCCCAUUUUGUACACGCUGUUCAAUUAUUGGGUGGUCAUGAAAGAGCAACCCCAAAAUCAGUACUUGAGCUGAUGGAUGUGCAAGAUCUCACAUUGGCUCAUGUUAAAUCCCAUCUACAGAUGUAUCGAACCAUCAAGUCUACUGAAAAACCUACAACGUCAUCAGGGCAGUCAGAUUGUGAGAAUGGAUCACAAGUAAACAGUGAGAGAGAAGCAAGAAAUCUCACGGGUCUAUGGAAUAACUCCUCAAGUGAAGCUCGGUUCCAGUUGAAGGCAAAGGCAUCAUCAGGUGUAGACAUUUCAUCCAAUGAGAAUGAAUGGAAGAAUCGAAGAUGUCCAAGCAACGAACGGUUGUCGUCAGAUUCGUCAAGCCUUACAGGGACAAGACCAGAGACUGAAACUCCCAAUCUUGAUUUCACUUUAGCUACACCAAACCUCUCUCCCUAAUUUUCUUAUAUAUACUAAAAAUACAUAUUAUCUGUUAAAAAUUAUAUAAAUCUCAAACUUAAAAGUUUAUGCUUUUGAAAAAAUAUAUAUGAAAUGACGUUUAUUUCUUCCUUUAUUCAUUUUUCCUUUUGUACUGUAAAAUUGAGAUGCUUUUUUUUUUGGGUCAUAAAUUUGAGAUGCUUGUUCUUGUCUUGAAUGGGA